GAUAAUUAAUACAGCCUUUAUUUUACUUCGACGUGAAUAUAACAUUUCAGUCUUUUAUAUCUUGUUUGAGAUGAUUAACAAACAAUAUAUUUUCACUAAGCUAACAACAUAGAAAUAUUGUUUAACUGGUUUUCUCUUGAGACAUUAAUGGCAUGUUUUAUCAUAAAUUCCCAAGUAUUUAGCUUUUUUACAUAAUUGCAUAAUUAUGUUACUGAAAAAACUUUUUUCACAAUGAACUUUUUUCCCCUCUUUCUAGGUCCAUUUUGAAUAUUUGUUUUAGCAAGUAUAAAAGUAAAAUGGGCGUCAAAACAUUUACCCACAGUUCCCCAGCUCACAGCCAGGAGAUGCUUGGAAAGCUUAACAUGCUACGUAAUGAUGGACAUUUCUGUGACAUCACCAUUCGUGUCCAAGAUAAAAUCUUCAGAGCACACAAGGUAGUCCUGGCCGCAUGCAGUGACUUCUUCCGUUCCAAAUUGGUUGGCCAAGCAGAAGAUGACAGCCAGAGUGUACUUGACUUGCAUCAUGUGACAGUGACUGGCUUCUUGCCUCUUCUGGAAUAUGCAUACACGGCAACAUUGUCUAUUAACACUGAAAAUAUUAUUGACGUCUUGGCUGCAGCUAGCUAUAUGCAGAUGUUCAGUGUUGCUAGCACCUGUUCUGAGUUUAUGAAGUCAAGUAUUUUAUGGAAUACCCCCAGUAGUCAGCAAGAAAAGGUGCUAGAUACAGGCCAGGAAAACAGCGCAAACUGCAAUUUUACAUCUCGGGAUGGCAGUCUUUCACCAGUUUCCUCGGAAUGCAGUGUGGUAGAAAGAACCAUUCCUGUCUGCAGAGAAUCACGGAGGAAGCGUAAAAGCUACAUUGUAAUGUCACCAGAAAGUCCACUUAAAUGUAACACCCAGACAAACUCCCCACAGGUUUUGAAUACUUCAGCUUCCUAUGCAGAGACUAGAAGUCAUCCUGUGGACUCUUCCUUAGCUUUUCCUUGGACUUUCCCUUUUGGAAUUGACCGAAGACUCCAAUCAGAAAAGGUGAAGCAAGUAGAAAGUUCUCGGACUCUAGAAGUGCCUGGUCCAUCUGAAGCAUCUAGAAGAAUUUCAGAUUAUAUGACAUGUGAGAGCACAAAAACCAGCUCACCUCUGGUGAUUGAAGAAGAUGUGCGUGUAAAAGUGGAAAGGUUGAGUGAUGAAGAAGUACACGAGGAAGUAUCUCAGCCUGUUAGUGCAUCCCAAAGUUCUUUGAGUGAUCAGCAGACAGUCCCUGGAAGUGAACAAGUUCAGGAGGACCUUUUGAUCAGUCCACAGUCAUCUUCUAUAGGUUCAAUAGAUGAAGGUGUCACUGAAGGAUUACCAACACUCCAGAGUACUUCUGGUGGGAAUAUUCAUGUGGAAGAUGAUGAUCGACUGGAGAAUGUCCAAUACCCUUACCAGCUCUAUAUUGCUCCUACAACCAGUAGCACAGAGAGACCUAGCCCAAAUGGUCCUGACAGACCUUUUCAAUGUCCAACUUGUGGUGUUCGAUUCACUCGUAUUCAGAACUUAAAACAGCACAUGCUUAUCCACUCAGGCAUUAAACCAUUUCAGUGUGACCGCUGUGGGAAAAAGUUCACCCGGGCUUAUUCGCUAAAGAUGCAUCGCCUGAAGCACGAAGGUAAACGCUGUUUCCGGUGCCAGAUAUGUAGUGCCACUUUCACUUCCUUCGGGGAAUAUAAACACCACAUGCGGGUUUCCCGGCACAUUAUCCGCAAGCCUCGGAUUUACGAGUGCAAAACAUGUGGCGCCAUGUUCACCAACUCUGGAAAUUUAAUCGUUCAUCUGAGGAGUCUGAACCAUGAAGCGUCAGAGCUAGCAAACUACUUCCAGAGCAGUGACUUCUUAGUACCGGACUACUUAAACCAAGAACAUGAAGAGACUCUUGGCCAGUAUGAGCUAGGAGAGCAUGGAUUUGAAAGCAGCUCUUCUGUCCAAAUGCCGGUUAUUUCGCAGGUCUCUUCAACACAGAACUGCGAAAGCACUUUCCCACUGGGGCCUCUGGGUGGGUUGUUAGAAAAGGAGGAAGACCUGCCCGAGCAGCCGAAGACCACCGCGAGCGCCGAGGCAAGCCGGGAGGAGCCCCCGAAGCCCGGGCUCUCGUCUAUUACUAUCGAAUAAGUCAAAAAGUUUGGUUUCCUUUUUCGUCUUUUUGGAAAGUGCCUGUGUUUGGUCUUGUACAUUUUAAUUUAAUUUUCAGGAGGGGUGGAGUGAAUGUACCCCUUUUCAUUUUAUAAGCUAUGCUGUUAAAGCUAUAAACUGCAACAGAUGUUACACUCUUCUUCACACCUAAAUGGUCACUUGUGUGGAAACAUUGUAAGGCUGAAAUGCAGAGGAAGAUUUGGUCAGAGUAAGAUGGUUAAAUCUGAAGAACAGCCAAUCAUACACAAAAUCUAAAAUUAGGCCUAAUAACUUUUAGCACUGUUUUGCCACCCUGAUUUUGCAGUACCUCUCGUAAAGAAAAAGGUAUUGAUGGCGGUUGAAGACUUGUUUUGAGUACAGUAUCCGGUUCAAGCAGUUAACUAGAGUGGUAGGCGUUUGAUUUUAUUUUUUUUUUAAGUAAGAAAGAAUCACUUUCAGUCUUUCACUUUGUUAGCAUGCGCAUUGUAACUUGUAAUUUUUAAACUGGAUGAUUCAUUGGCUUUGGCAAAAUGAGGGGGGUCUGUGCAGUGACGCUCACCUGUGCUGGGCCAUGCCUUUUUAGAAUCUUCUCAUGCAAAUGGCCUUAUCCAGACUUCGUUUUCUGAAGUAGAGGUGUCAAGAAAUCCUAAUCAACAUUUAGCAUGUUGGGAUGCUAGAAAAGUAUGAUGAGAAGUGAGUUUACAAAAGUCAAAAAUGCCUUUGCGCAUUGAUGUGCUCUUUUCAAGUUAUGCCUGAAUGUGUGCUAUUUACUGCAAUUUUAUUUGCCUGUUUUUAAGUAAAACAAGCCAUUUAUUUUCCUUUAGAGGCCGAGUUUCAAAUCAGUGAGAGUUGUUUACAAAAGACCUGUUUGCAAUGAUAAAAUGUUCCUAUUCUAAAUCAUUUUUAUACCCUUGCCAAGCUGGUUUCAUAAAAGCCAUUACUCUGACUGCAAGCACAGGUCCCAACAAACAAUCACCAGGAAGACUUGCCAUAUUAUUUUCCCCUAAAACGAUUCUAAACAAGAAAGGGCAUUUUCAGGCCAGCAGUUUUGGUUUUGUCGCCAGCGUCUUAUUGGUAAGUCUAAAAAUAUAUAAAUAUUUUAUUCCCCUUCAUUUGGAUUUGUUUAAACCAUCUUUAUUUUUUUUAAGUAUGAGAGGACAUAACUGAUUUGAAUGUCAUGUUAUCAGGCUAAGGAUAAAAUAGAACAUAAUAAAUGGGGGAAAUGUUUAAAUAACUGUAAAAGCAGUGGUGAUUGAAGCUUGUGGAAAACUUUGGAAGUAAGAGUUUCAAAGAAAUAUGUUUUGUUAAUAGCAAAUCCACCAAAUCCAAGGAGACUAUUCCUUGCACUUCUCUGCAACUUCUUAAAGGGCUUGAUAGAAUUAUUAACAAAGAUUAAAUUUAAAGUAUUUUAUGAGAUAGGCAUAGGUUUUUCUUCCAAUUAAUUUUAAUAAAAAAUUAAAACACUCUUCCAGGUUGGUAAAGAAAAUGUUUUUAGUAAGGGAUAUUUUCAGGUUGGAAUAUUUCAAAAUAUUUAUUAAGUAAAAUAAAACUCGUAUCGGGAAAGGACAUUGGCUAUACUAUACAUACAGAAAUUUUACUAUUCUAGUAAUUCCUCUAGAAACUAAACCAUUUAUUUUCUUUCAUAUAUACAGUAUAAAGCCUGUUUAGUCACACAUUUCAUUGAGAGAGUUGUCUUAACAUCUAAAUUAAAAUACACAGCUUUGGGUGGGAGUCACACUUUGGCAUAUUAACUGGGCUCCAAACAAAGUAGAAGGGUCUAAAAUAAAUAUUAAGAAGCACUGCUGAAAGGGGCUCUGAGGAUUGCAAACUGGGCUUCUCAGAUCUAAAGGAAAUAGGAAGCAAAUCAGCAAUAGACUUUACAAAUAAUCUAGCAAGUAUUGUGUAGUUAUCUAGCCUUGAUCCACAGGGACUUUUUUCUGCCUGCACCGAGCAUUUUAUCUCCUAGAAGGUCUGUAAUGAGGAGCAACUUGCUAGUGCAGAUUGUACAUUUGAUACGUACACUUGCGCACAAUGUACAUUUAAAAUACAUUUUAAAGAUUGACUGCUUUCUGAAAGUAACACUAAAGCAAGAGUUUUUUUAAGAAAUAUCUUUGAGAUCCAAUUUUUAUUUGCUUCCUGAAAUGUAAACAUUUGUGUAAAUCCUAUUCUACCAUGUUGUAUUACAGCACAAAAAAUCUACGUCUUGAUAUAUUUUCAGGAUUUUAUAAAAUCUCAACCCAGCAGGGGAUUAGUUCACUUUUCUCUCACCCUCAAAGAGAAACGUCUCCUUAUGUAAGCAUUUCCUAUCUGUAGAGCGACCUAUCAAUGGAAAAAGUAAUAUCUGUCCUUUGAUGAAAGAUGUGUAGGUGGCAAGGCUGUCAGACAUACUUCAGAUAGCAGCGGUCAAAGUGAAGCAGGCAGCAAGGGAAAGUAUUCAGAGUCUAGAAGCAGAGGCGGGUCAAGUCUUUGCAAUGCACACAUUUAACCUGAAAAUAUAAAGCCUACUCUAUGCACAAUCUAUUUUAAGUAAGUGGUGUGGCAAAAUGUCCAACUCAUGGAGUACAUCUAGCCCCCAUGGUAAUCUUGUUGAGACCCUGAACAUUUGAAUUCUGGCCAGCGCCAGCAGCAAAUUAUGUUCUUCCCUGCAACAACACACUCUUGAUCAAUUCAUUAUGGCUGGCCUUCGCCAUUCCAUUCCAACUUAAGUUUUCAAGGGGAAUCUUUGCAUCCCAUCUAGAUGUUGCUACUGUCUUCCUUGUAGAGAACUGUCAUAUAACAACUUCCAAAUAGCUUAGUAGUGAACUUAAGCUAUUUUCAUGGAAUAGAACUUGUCUUGAUUUAAGUUUUUUUUUCAAGAUAUUAGAAUUUUUUUCAUUUGUGGACAGUGCAUGUUAGUGAUGUUGGGUUCAUUUAGGUAACACAGUCCCUUAAAGUUGCUAGGAUAUAUGCUUGACUAUUCAGGUUAUCCAUGUGUAAAAGGAUCUCCAUCUAUGGUGUGGUGCCCCAAAAGUCAAGGUAUGCAAUUCAGCUUUUUGUUCCAAUGAAUUGGGAGAAGGGCUUAUAUCCCCAUCGAAAAACAUCUAUUCCCAAAUCAGUUUGGAAAGGGUUAUUAUUACACUGAGGAUAGUAAAGCGCGUGCUCAUGGCAGAUAAUUCCAUAUUUUCUCCAAGCUGUUAUCAUAAAAUGUCCAUUUUUGGAUUGCAAAUAUUCUAUCACCAGCUUCUUAUAACUAUUUUUUUAAAAUCAGUUGAUCUCUUUCCACAGACAAUUUUAUGCUCCCAGUUCUAAUACAAGUACAAUAGAUAACAGUGUCUUUAAAAAUAGUUCUAGUUUUGGCACUUACCAUUAGUCUGGAAAGUGUAAAUGCGAAUCUUUUUUUAAAAAAGUAAACAGUGCCGGUGUAGCAAAAUAUAUAAAUAUAUAUAUUAUAUUUUAUAAAACUAUAGUCCCUAGGCCCCAGGUCCCAAAAGAGAUUAAAAUUGUAUUUUUUUAAUAAUGAAUUUGCAAAAUUUUGAAUAAUGGCUUUGGCCUGUUUGUUUGCUUUUUGUUUUGUGGGGAGAGGGUUACUAUUUUUUUUCUCACCAGCCUGAAGAUGGCAGAGGGCUAAAUCUGAAUCCUUGCAUCUUAAAGUCUACAGCACAUGGCAACCAGGAGUGCUUGGACGGCAUUCAAUGCAAACAAGCUAUUUUUUUUUCUGUAGAAGAGAAGGCUUACUUUUCUGAUCCUAAUAAAGGCAGAAUGAAACAUUGUUUAGUUACUGAUCUCAGAUUACGUUUUAAAGAAAAAAGUUCCUGUUUAGGUACUACUAUACUUUGCAAGUCAUCAAUGGCUGGGAGGUAGGGUAACACCAUACCUGAUCAGUAGAAUACAGCUGGUAUUUUAAAAAAUGCAAUUAUAUUUUUAAAUGCAAAAUACAUUGUUUUAAAGUUGGUUGUUUUUCUUUCAAUUCUCUGUACCGUAUCAAAGUACUUCAGCUGCUUUCUGGAGAGUUUGGAGACCUCUGAAAUGGGUGGCACUGUUUUUUGAUUUUAUCUAUGAUGCUGCAUGCUGCUGGUUUCUCUGAUGACAACCCUCGUGAGUGUGUUUCCUGGCCCCACUUUGCAGUACUGUCUUGUCUCGGGCCCGUUGUAGAAACCUUAAAGAGGAGGGGGUAAAGCUGGAGUUAGAAGAGUGAAUGAAUUCCUCAAGGGCCAUUCCAGCAUGAACUUUAUUAGCCUGUCCCUUUAACUGUGCCAGUCCUUGGUCACCAGCCACAUCUCAUUCAGACUUUUUUUUUUUCCCCGUCUGCUGACCACAGCUAAGCUUUUUGGCAUGUUGAUUGACUUAAUGGGAAGACAAAUGUUUUUGGGUUUUUUUUUUAAUGUUGAAAUACACUUUACAUUUUAUAUACUAUAUCUGGCUAUUAGUAUUUUUAAGGAACCCAUAGUUCUUGGUGGCUAUAUAUAUAUAUAUAUAUAUAUAUUUUUGUGACUUUUUGUAAACUAAAGUGCCGUUUCACUGUUACAAUCAUUUUUAGAGUUCUUGUAAUCAAUGUGAAUAUGUUUUUUUCAAGAUUUGUUCUGAGCCUGUAGUGUUUGCUUUUGUGAUUCUCUGUGUAAUGUAUAUAUUAUGUAUAGUUACCUUGUACUGAAAUAUUAGCUUGUUUGAUAUAAAAUGAAUAUGUAUUGGGUACCUUUUUUUGCUAGCCUGGUUGUUUAAACUUUAAAAAAAAAGCCUUCAAAACUUUUAAAAAAGUGAUUGAUCCCAUUAUAAGACAAAAUUGAGCAGGAAGAAAAACUAGUUUUGAGUGUCUUUGGAUAGAAACACAAUGCUAAGAUUUUUCAUUAAAACAUUAAUGUUUUAUGGAGUAA